GUUAUCUUGUUUUUUAUAAUGCCGCCUCUUGUGCUGGCUGGUUCUAUGUUCUUGUAUUGAUUUUAACCGAGUUGGUGCAAAAUGGUGAUCUUACAACGGUCUAUGAUCGAGCUGGAUGGGUUUUGAUGAUUGUACAAACUGGCGCUAUUUUAGAGUUAGUUCAUGUUAUAUUAGGUUUCGUGAGAUCACCACUCCUAACCACAGCGUUUCAAAUUGCAUCCCGUUUAUUUUUAGUUUGGGGUGUAGUUGAUAUUUUUCCAGAGGUUCAAUCACAUUGGGCAUUCACAACCAUGACUAUUGCAUGGUCAAUCACAGAAUGUGUAAGAUAUUCUUAUUACGCAUUUAAUCUGGUUGGAUUACAGCUUUAUUCCCUUUUAUGGUGCAGAUAUACGUUUUUCUUUGUUUUAUAUCCUCUUGGAGCAGGAAGUGAAUCAAUAUUAGUUUAUGAAUCACUUCCUUAUUCUAAACAAUUGAGC